CAUCAUUUAAUGAUAAAGCACAAAGAAGAGUGUUAAAGAAAACAACUAAUAUUCAACAUAGUGAAAAUUUGAUAAGGACAGGUAAAUCCAAUGUUAGUAAAGAGUCAAUAGGCGUGAGUGAUAUUGAAAUACAUGAAACACAAGUUCAAACAAGUCAAGAUCAAAUAAUGGAUAAUCAAAAUAAAACAUACAAGAACAAACCAAGUAUUUGCGGUAAAGAUGGUCAUUGUAAAUCUACUUGCCCUAACAAGAAGUAA